CUGACAAAUUGAUUCCAGGAACUUAAGGGGGGGGGAGGAAAUUAGAUACACACACUCUUUAUAAAAAGGGGACUGGAACUUAUUCUGCCCAAACAGACGAAGUGGACAGACAUCCAAGAUCCUUUUUCUCUGAAUAUUUCCACUUGUUGGGGGAAAGAUAUGCAGCUGAUCUAUUUGGUGGCAUUGACCGGCCUGGUCUUGCUGAGGACGCUCACCAUGGCCAGGGACCCAUCUCUGGAUGAAGCCUGGAGAGACUGGAAGAGGACCCAUAAUAAAAUAUACCGUGAGAGGAAUGCAGAAGACUUCCGGAGAACCGUCUGGGAGGACAAUCUCCAUACGAUCAAAGAACAUAACCGCGAAGCUGCCGAGGGGAAAUACACCUUUCAGAUGGCGUUGAACCAGUUCAGCGAUUUGACAAAAGAAGAAUUUAAGGAGAAGCUGAAUGGGCUCCGCCCUGACCUACCCAGACAGCGUGGUGGCGGUGCAAUCUUGUACGAAAAAUCUGGCACUUUGGCGCUUCCCGAAUCCGUGGACUGGCGUAACACAGGUUGUGUCACCCCGGUGAAAGAUCAGGGCAGUUGUGGCUCGUGUUGGGCGUUUGCUGCUGCCGGAGCCCUGGAAAGUUUCCAUUGCAUUAAGACAAGGAGCCUGAUCCCGCUGAGUGAACAAAACCUGGUGGACUGUGCUUGGCAACAGGGGAACUAUGGCUGCAAUGGAGGGUGGCCGAGUCGGGCCUUCCAGUACGUCCUGGAGAAUAAAGGGCUCAAUUCAGAACGCGUCUACCCCUACACGGGACAGGAUGGAGACUGUAAUUUUCAAAACUCAGACCGAGCGGUCAGGAUCCAAGGGUGGGUCGAUCUCCCUGAAGAUGAUGAGGGUGCCCUGGAAGAAGCUGUGGCCCUUAUUGAGCCAGUUGCUGUUGCGGUGGAUGCUUACUACUUCCAGCUUUAUAGUUCAGGAAUCUUUGACUACCCCUGCGGGACCAACUUGAACCAUGCCGUGCUGGCCGUUGGGUAUGGUGUUGAGAAUGGAAUUCCUUAUUGGAUCAUAAAGAACAGCUGGGGACCUUACUGGGGUGAGAACGGCUACAUGCGGAUGCGAAGAGGCGUCAAUAUGUGUGGUGUCGCACGUGUGGCCAGCUACCCCGUGUGACCAGCUAAGGCUCCACAACCCCUCCUUCUGGAAUCUUCUGGAAUCUUCUGGAAUCUUCUGGAAUCUUCUGGAAUCUUCUGGAAUCUUCCAAACUUCAGAGCAACGAAUCAUCAGGACGCUUCACCUCUUUUUUCCUUAGCUACCAAAUGAAGCACUUAGAAAUCAAAUAAUAUAGGGCGCCAUCUCGACUUUCAGAUCAUUAAUAAAUACUUAAGCAUGCA